GGUCAUCCACCGAUAGAUGGCACCACGCGCGCUUGUUUACUAGUUGACGACGUCCGUGAAGAAGAGUGUGCGUCAUGUGCUGCAGUGUUCAGCUCCCAGUGUUUUGUUUUCAACUUCAACACUCUCUGUUCUAGAUAUACACAUAUUAGACCUACAGGGGAGAUGCCUGUGUGUUUGCUAGUAAGUGAAGAUAAUUCACAUAAACCCAUUCAGCUUCAUCACCAACAGUCCGUGACUCUGGGUCGAGGACCAGAAACCAAGAUCAAAGACAAAAAGUGCUCAAGAGAACAAGUUGAAUUGAGAGCUGAUUGCAGCAGAGGAUUUAUCACUGUUAAACAGCUGGGUGUGAAUCCUACAAGUGUGGACGAUGUGGUUGUGGGCAAAGGCAAUCAGGUGACCAUAAAGCCGGGCCAGAGACUUUACAUGGUCAAUCAGCAGUAUCCUUACAGAGUAAAGUUCCCUGAGGACACGUCCACCCCCAGAUCAGUUGGAGACUUGAGCAAACCUUCAAAGAGACCCCAUCAGAUGAGCUCUGAGGGGAACGGAGAGAAGAUCAGGAGCCCUGCAAACACAUCAACACCCCGUACAGACCAGCAAAGAAUGGCAGACGGUUCACCUCCUCCAAAACAGACACCGCCAGCUGAAUCAGAUAAAUCAGGAUCGGCUGGCCAUUGGAGUCAAGGGCUUAAAGUAUCCAUGCAGGACCCUAAGAUGCAGGUUUACAAAGAUGAUCGGGUUGUGGUCAUCAAGGACAAGUACCCAAAGGCGCGAUACCAUUGGCUGGUGCUGCCCUGGGACUCGAUCUCCAGUCUGAAGGCUCUGCGCUCGGAGCACAUGGAGCUGCUCAAACACAUGCAGCGUGUGGGAGACCAGAUGGUGCAGCAGUGCCCUGACGCUCACCAACUGAGCUUCCGUCUGGGAUAUCACGCCAUCCCCAGCAUGAGUCACGUCCACCUGCAUGUAAUCAGCCAAGACUUUGACUCGCCGUGUUUGAAGAACAAGAAACACUGGAAUUCCUUCACCACUGACUACUUUGUAGAGUCUCAAGAUGUCAUUACGAUGCUGGAGCAUGAUGGGAAAGUGACGGUGAAAGAAGGCACUAAUGAACUGCUAAAGCUGCCUCUGCGCUGUCACUUGUGUCAUAAAGAGCAGCCGACGAUACCUAAACUAAAAGAACAUCUCAAAACUCACCUGCCCUCUUAAAUACAUUACUGGUCCUGUAUGGGGCAGUCACAGGUAUUUAAUCUGUUAAAAGUCUUUUUGUAAACAGCCCAUUGAAUCCUUUAGUAAAAUGAAUUUGUUCUGGA